AUGUCAUCUCAUGAGUACCUUGACUUGUGCCACGAGGUUCACAAUCUGUUUCUGGGGCAUCUGAAGCGGAAAAACAGCGAGAGUCUACGUUUCGCCACCCGUGAGACACCGAAAAGUGUCUUGAGCCCGCACUAUCUCCGACUCUUUUUUCGCAGCCUGAUCGGCGGAGAGGCACCCAAGGAACGCCGAUUCUCAAUCACAGAGAACCAAUUUGUUGAAAAUGUACAGAGUAGGGAGUUGCACAAGUUUCUCGCAAUUCUUGUAUUCGCCGGCUGUCGUAUCGAGGCAGCCAAGAACUUCACAGAGAAGCUAGCUGCUGUUCCCGAGUGGCCGCCGCCCGAGGACUGUGAGAUCUCUAGCCGCGUAUGUUCGCUACCAGCCGACCGUCAAAGCUUGACAGAGUUCUUUGACGGGGACGAAGCGACAGCGGACAAGUUCUAUGGAUCGCAGGCCCUGUUCUGUACUGUGGUGCUUCGGCAGCGAGAGGAGACUACGAUACAAGACGGGGAUACCCAGCGUUUACCAUACGUGGAAGAGGAGCUUCUGGGCUCGGGCUCGUUUGGAAGAGUGUACAAAGUGAAGAUUGCCAAGGGGCAUUUCGAAGACCGCCGCAAACAUGAUGACAGGGAACGAUGGGUGGCACGGAAAGACUACAUUGUCAGGUCGUCCUCGGAUUCCGAUAUUGAGAGCAGGGAGGAAGGCGAGAUCAUGAAGACGAUUCUCAACUUGUCAAAGACUUGCGAGAACAUUAUGGAGAAUCUGGGGACGUUGAAUAUAGAAUAUCCAACGGGCGCCAGCCCAGCGCCGUACAGUCUCUUCAUGCCGCUCGCGGUCUGCGAUCUGGGAGCAUACAUGAAGAAAGACGGUUCGAACGCUCCGAAGACGGCGAUCAACAGGGCAGGCUUCAUCCGAUCCGCUAUUGGCCUCGCCAACGGUCUCAAAUUUCUUCACGAAGAAAUGCAGACGACUGACCUCGACAGGAUCGUCUGCUACCACAUGGAUCUGAAGCCAAGCAAUGUCCUCAUUUUCCGAGAAAGCGGCAAUGGCGAUGGGACUGGCCCUCGCUAUAUCUGGAAGCUGAGUGACUUUGGCAUGUCCAAGGUCAAGAUUCGGCACCAUGCCAGGCGCGAGGAGGAAAAGGAUAUCGCCAAAUGGUUCACCAAGCGACGCGAUAUGCAGCAGAGGACGAUGUCGGGAACCCAGAAUCGUCGCGGUCAGGGGACAUAUCUACCCCCAGAGUCGUUCCGCGAGGGUAAAGUCAUGAAUACGAGGAGCGACGUGUGGUCACUGGGCUGCAUUCUGAGCGUCCUCUUCGUUUAUCUCGAGGGCGGCAAGAGUGCCAUUGACAACUACGAGACGAACCGACUAAAACACCGUAGAGGCAUCGACGCAAGCUACGACGUCUUCUUCCACGUCAGAUCCUUCGGAAGGACUUGCCUGCACUCGGCCGUCAAGAAGGCUCACAAGCAACUCAUUCACAAAGCUGCCGCGAGGAGCGUGAAAGAACACCAUGCCGUCCGGGCCAUGCUCAAUUUUCUCGAGUCCAAAGUAUUGAAGAUUAAUCAGAAUAAGAGAUGCAGCGCAAAAGAGGUCGAGAAUGUGCUCCAACGCACACUAGACGCGUAUGAGGAGAUUGAUCGGCUCGAAUCUUCUUCAGAAUCUUUGAGACAGCCCAAGUCUUCUAUGGAGCAGCCAGUGCAACGAUGGCGCAUACCGCGAGACAACUCUGACGUAUUCAAGGGCUGCAAGGUAUCGCCAGAUGGAAACGUUAUUGCGUACUGGAGCGACAGCAAGAUUUCACUCUUCACCCCAAGCUCUGUCUCGAAUGCAGAUGGAGAUUUCCUAAAGACAUUUGGGGAGCACUCCUUGGAGUCCUUGGGAUCGACGAGCCGUUUCUGGAAAGCUGUUUGCGUGACUAACAGAUAUCUGAUUGCCACAACCACGGGCAACAUCUUCAACAAUUUGGUCUUCGUAGUGGAGAACCAGGAAGACGAGAGCCUCUCGGGGUCAAUCUUCCAUGUGAGAAUCGAGGAUCUGAUAGGGUGA